CGGACGAACGGAGCCGAGCGCGGCCGAACGGAGCCCUGCUCCUUCCCCGCCCGCCGCCGCAGGAAGCUCGGCCCCAGCGCCCUGCCCGCCGCCGCGAUGCAUUGUGGGGCGGCAGCAGCAGAGCCAAGAUGGCGGCCAGCAGGAGGCUGAUGAAGGAGCUUGAAGAAAUCCGCAAAUGUGGAAUGAAAAACUUCCGUAAUAUCCAAGUUGACGAAGCUAAUUUAUUGACCUGGCAAGGGCUUAUUGUUCCUGACAAUCCUCCAUAUGAUAAAGGAGCCUUCAGAAUCGAAAUCAACUUCCCAGCAGAAUAUCCAUUCAAACCUCCUAAGAUUACAUUUAAAACAAAGAUCUAUCACCCUAAUAUCGAUGAAAAGGGGCAGGUUUGUCUGCCAGUAAUUAGUGCUGAAAACUGGAAGCCAGCAACCAAAACUGACCAAGUAAUCCAGUCCCUCAUAGCACUGGUGAAUGAUCCACAGCCCGAGCACCCCCUCCGGGCUGACCUAGCUGAAGAAUACUCUAAGGACCGUAAAAAAUUCUGUAAGAAUGCUGAAGAGUUUACAAAGAAAUAUGGUGAAAAGCGACCAGUGGACUAAAAUCUGACACAACUGAUGUCAGGAACAUAUGAUAGAAGAUCGGAGCAGUGCAUUUGAGACACCCCGUAAAGCAGGACUCUCUGGAAAAUUGACAAGUGCCACCCUUCGGUGUUAACUUGUGGCUGUUACUAACUUUCUACAGUUUUCUUAAUCAAAAGUGGGAUAGGUAACCUGUAAAGAAAGGAUUAAAAUUUAAGAUGUUCUAGUUCUGCUUCCUUUGUUUAAAAAUCACUGCUUCAAUAUACUUUAAAGUAUGCUGUUUUCUUUUUCUUGUCAGAAUUUAUCAAAAAUAUCUUAGACUUAUAUUCUGCCCUUAAAUUGAAAAGGUUGUGGCUGUCAUUUCUUAUUUUUCCUUGCAGUUCCCACUCUCUUGAGUUCAUUUAGUUCUUCAUUGAAUUUUAUCCCCCUCCCCAAACCAAUGUCUUAGAAAAAUACCCCAAUUUUGGCAGAAAAUGAUUGAGUGUUUGGCAGUUUUGUUUACUCUUCUUUUUAAAUGUUGCACUGUGCUUUCUGGGACUUGUUGCAAGUUCCCCUUAACUUCAGUUUGUAACAUAAUAAACAAAACCACAAACAAAUCCCACAAAAACAAUCAGAAAUAAUUUCCAGGUCUUAUGUAAAUCUGGCUGAUGUUACCACAAAAUGUUUAUUAAACGGGGAAACCCAAGCUUUUGUGUGCGUCAUUGAAUUAAAAUAUGGCUUACGUCCUGCUUCUGGAAAAAAAAUCUGUAGCAAACGAGUAGUGGAAUGUGAUGACAAACUUCUUUCACUUCUGUUCUGAAUGCCUGUGCAGAGCAGCUGGGGAAAUGUGCACAGCACAACAUCGUAGCCCAUUUAGAAGAGUUUCAGAAACUGGGGACCAAGAGGUACCAAAGCAGUAAACUGCUUUGUGAGUUAAAAAUCAGUAUUUUGAAGUGCUCAUUUUGAAUUUGGUACUAAAUUUGAAAGCCCAGCCACUGCUGGUCAUCUUAGAACACUUUUCCAUUAGUGUGUAGGAGAUGCCUGUGUGAUGGUAUGGCUCUUGUGUCACUUCCCAGCCCCAAUGCUGUGCAGUUCUUACCAACAGUGGUAUGAGAGUGGGAUUAAGCAAUAACCUCUCAUCGAGUGUGCUGCACUGCUGCUGCUCUUUGUGUUAAAACACACAGGUUAGAUGACCUAAUGAGUACUUCAAGUAUCAUUCUGUCAUCCUAGCCUAAUCGGGCAGAGCUGUUUUCCUGUUGCUCGAGGGCAUACCUCCACACACGCUGAGGGAAGCCCUGUCUGUUCAGAACUGAGCAGCCUUUGCUGUCGCUGUUGCUUUUCUCCUGCCUGCCUGUCUUUUUCCGCAGUCUGAAAUAUGAUCAGAGCUCUACAGUCAAACUGCCGUACAGUCAAAAAACUGCUGGCUCUUCUACACCUGUCAAAUUUGAUGCGUUCACGCGCACACAGAUUUAUCUCCUGAAAUCCAUCGGUAUCUGGGAGCACAUAUCAUUGUGAUGUGCAGGACCUUGAGUUGGAAAACGCCUCUUGCCCAGACACUUGUCCAUACCCCUAAAUUCAGUUUUAAUACAGCCUCUGCCUUUGCAACCUUUCAGAACUAGUGUGUUGAGCGGUAGGUCUCCUUUGGUUUUAAUGUCUCGUAUAUUUGCUAUUUCUUCAUUCAUCCCUGUCAUCCGGCUUUUGUUUUCGGUUUAGUGUAAACAGUGACAGCCCAGUACCUCACCUCUGUUAAACAUAAUUUUUUUUAUAAGUGAGGGAGCUAAGGAAUUUAAUGUUUAAGUGUUCUUAGGCAGAUUCUUUGGCAGGUAAAUAAAGUUAAUCCACACUCACCUUAUUCACAGAAACUUGCAUUUCCUAAGUGUUUCCAGGCUUGUGAGAGCACUGUCUAUUACCAGAUUUUCACAUCUUUGUGUCUUCAUUUGCAGAAAGUUGGUACUGAUUUUGUUUCAUUCACGCUCACUCAGAUUCCUAAUAAAAUAAUGCCAAAUUAUCUGUCAAGCCGAAGUGUGUAACUUCCGCAUCACAUGAGUUGCUGUACCUUUCAAUCAUGUCUGUUGGCAUGGAAACUUGCCAUUCUCUAAAUUCUCUUUUUAUGUAAAACAAAGCUGUAGCACUAGUUUGCUGCCCUCGUUCCUACUAAAUAGCAUCCUUUCAGGUUGUAAGCCUCCCCUGUCUGAGACUGCAUUUAUUGAAUUGGUGCAACUUGGCGGCCAUGGGAAGGGAGCUGGAAGGGCUGCGUAACUCAAGGAACUCUGGUUGACCAUACAGGCCUGCAGCAGCGCUGUACCAGCUCUCCCGGUUCCAUCUGCAAAGGUCACUAGAAGACAUAUUGCUAUCAGUCCCCUCUGUGUGUUCUUCACAGUUCAAUUUCUAAACUAUGAGAUGUGUAACCUGAUCAAGCAAUGGCUUUUGUUUGUAGCCAGCUCUCUGAAAAAAGACAGAGCUCAAAUACUGUGCUGUGUGGUUGAAGUCUGAGAAGGAAAAAACGAAGUACAGAGCCCUACAUUAACUCAGGAAAUCAAGCUCUUGUUCUCUCUGGUUCCCUAAGCCAUGCUGAAUUCCACAUGUGCAGGUUAAUAUCCAAAAUGAAAACAACAUCCUGGUGAAACCACGCUCAGGAGCACUGGUAUAGGCUUUCUGCAAUUUCAUUCUGCUACCCUAAUAAAAAUUGCU